AUGCCACUAGAAGCCCCCAAGCGACUUCCUCCUCUCGCAAAUAUCAAAACCAACCCCCCUGACCUUAUCGCCAUUCAGGCGGCAUUCCUUGGAGUGAUCUUCGGGGUAUCGUUAACAUUACUCUUCCAAGUAACUUUCUACCCUUUUCCUUUAUACCUUCUCGCACUCUCGGUGUUCCAUUUCAUGGAAUUCUGGAUCACCGCCAAGUACAACCCUGCCAAAGUCUCUGCUGAUUCGUUCCUCAUCAACCACAGCGGGUCGUACUUAAUGGCCCACCUGGCAGCCAUUACCGAAUGCUUAAUUGAACUCUACUUGGUUCCUGGUUGGAAAACCAACCAUCCGUACAUUUGUCUCAUGGGUGGGGUUCUCAUGGUGGGCGGCCAAACCUUACGAUCAUUGGCGAUGAAAACUGCCGGGGAAUCGUUUUCUCACAUCAUUGUCACCACCCACGAUUCGCAUCAUCAUAAAUUGAUCACCGAUGGAGUGUACCAAAUCAGCCGCCAUCCUAGCUACACCGGGUAUUUCUGGUGGUGUAUUGGAAGCCAGCUAGUUUUGGGUAAUCCGGUAUGUUUUGUGGGGUUCAGCGUGGUGUUGUGGAGAUUCUUCAGUGAUCGAAUUGCUUACGAAGAGGAUUACUUGAUCAGAUUCUUUGGCGACAAGUACUUACAAUAUAAAAAAACAAAGACCACUUGGAUACCAUUGAUCAGGUAA